ACAAAUAUUUAGUGCGGACUCAGUUGGCAACCUACAUCCUGAGCGAAGAGCUGCAGCGGGUGGAGGGAUGAGCCACUCUUCUGUGACCGGUCAGGAUGCGCAAGAAGCAAGCAAUGGUGUGGACACCUCUGACUCUCCCAAAGCUUCAGAUUGGUCAGGACCUCAUGGAUUCUCCACCCAGGGGUUAAAGUUCAGGGAUGGGGCUGAAUUUGAGCCUCACGAGGGGUUUUCAGGCCUGUCAGAGACUCUCAACCACACACUUCACCACAUGGACUCAUGUAGAGACACACACAUAGAUCACUCUGAGUCCACACCUACAGAUUCACUGGUUCAGCACAACCAAUGUGCACAUAUUCUAACUGAAGACCGCUCACACAAGAACACGCACUCCUGUGAGACUGAACUAAUACACGGCCACUCUAAAAAAGAACUGGAAGAAUGGAGAGGGGAGGAGGAUGAGAGAAAGACAAGUGAUGGAGAGGUGAACUAUGUCAACAAGAGAGAGAUCAAGCAAAAAAAGGAGACACUUAUUUCUGUACAGCCAGUUGGUCUGUUCUCAACUGAACACCCUUCCACUCGCUCUGAACCUGAUGAAUGGGCCAAUAUAGAUUCGUUGGAUGAAGUCCAACCAAAUGCUUCCAUUUCUCCUGAUGAGGCCCCUCCCCUUGUUCCGGCACCUCCUCCCAACCAGGCCACACCCACUCUGCUGCCAGACCUGGACGAUUCUCCGUGCCCGGCUCAUGUGAUGGCGGAGGUGCGUGUACGGUCAGUACCAGAUCGAGUCGUGCGUGGCAUGCAGGACAGUAAGAGCCUGGAUGAGAUCAGUGGGGCAUGUGGGGGCGGUGCACGAGGAGGCGGGGCUAGAGGUGGCCAGGUGGAAGGACGCAGAGCUACCAUAUCCAGUGCCCUCGAAUUGGAGGGAACCGUCAGCCAUGAUGGAGAUCUCACGCACUUCAUCACCAAAAAUCUUGAACAGAAGAUUAAAAUGAGCUCGCGGCUGAGUCUGGACACGGAUUCGGACUGUUCUGGGCCUGUGGUACGUGGUCAUGGCUCUUUGCGUCGGCCGGCUGAUAUUCCGCCCAUUGACCCGUCAGUGCUGGUAGACCUGCACAAACACACACAGGAUGUGGCUCAGAGUGUAGAACUGAUGCUGCGAAGCCUCAAUGGAACUAUACAGAAUAUGACUGCUUUAAGUGUGGGCUAUAUCCAGACAUACAGAGAUUCUGUGGACAGUUUGGGAGAGUCAGUGGACAUGAGUAUAAAGGGAAUGUACACACUCAUGGCCCGGUGUGAGGAGCUAGAUCGCUCCAUGCAACCUAUACAUGCUCUAGCUGCUCAGAUCAGAGACAUCAAACGAACCCUUGAUGCCCUAGAGACCAUCUGCAAGUAACUAUGGCAACAAACCACACCCCCUGUCCGAAUGAGGACUCCAUCCCUUGGAGAAAAGCAGCGGCUCCGCCUUCUGCAGUCAUUCUGCUACACACCGUGCAAUGGAAGCAAUUUGCUAAUUAUAAUGUUUACUAGCAAUGCUCUGCAAGUGCUCGUCCCCUUAGAGACAGCUUGGUUCUCACCCUUCCCCUCGGGGACCACAUCUUCAACCACCUCCUUUUGUCUUGGCUCCUCCCCUCACACUGCAAAAUUGACUCCCUGUGAUUCAUGCCGUCCAACAUCUUUCACGUGACCACAGGAAGCACUCUCUGUUGUUGGUGGCUUAUGGGCGACUGAUUGGUUUUACUGUUGCCUGUUUAUGAAGUGAGUGUGUGUGAUUGGAACUAUUGGUAGGUAUUUUGACGGAUUGCGUCGUUGGUGUUAAAUGUACCAUCUGUAAUGGCCUCAAAUUUAAGACAUAGAGUAGUUUAACACCAAUAUUCGCCAGUAUGGAAGCCAUGCUCUAUGUAUACUUGUUCCUCCCGGAUGUCUUUGUUUCUGCAGGAUGGAUGCUAUGCAUCCCAGAUCAGUUCUUCUUUUCACAGCGACCAUUGUUAAAUGGAUAGUUCACCUGAAAAUAAAUUCUGAAAUCAUUUACUCACCCUCAUGUUGUUUGAAACCUGUAUUACUUUUUCUUCCAUGGAGUGCAAAAGGAGAUUUUUUGAAGAAAAUACAUACAAUCACCAUAAAUCAUGAGUAACGACUUACUUUUCAAUCUGUUUCUCACACAAAGAUAUCGUAUGACUUUGGAAGAGUUGUGCACACAUCAUAUGAACUACUGUUAUGAUGCACCUACGUCUUUUUUGAAGCUUGAAAUCUUCAGUCUACAUUCAUAAUCUCCAUUCAUUAAUUGCAUGGAAAAGAGUGGCCAGGACAUUCUUCAAAAUAUCUUCUUUUGUGUUCCUCAGA